GAGCCUCGGCUCUUCAGAGCAGCGGCAGCCGCCGGAGGAGUUGACCGGCUGGUUCUCCCUCUCCGCCCGGAGGAGGAGGAAGAGGAGGAAGAAGAGGCUUCGGCUGCCGCCUCUCCGAUCCUCCCUCCCCCCCCCUUCCCCUUCCGCCCCACACCUUUAUGGACGAGCGCCGGAGCUUGCUCCACUCUCCCGCCGCCUCCUGCGCCGGCCGGCACCCGCGGGGCUCGAGCAGCAGCCACCACAACCUGGGCUACACCGAGCCCCCCGCCGCCCCCCAGCCCGGCCCCCAGCAGGAGGAGGAGGAGGGCGAGGAAGGGGAGGAGGGCAGCAUGACCGUGGUGGAAGGCGGCGGAGGAGACCCUUUGCUGGAGGAACCGCAGCCCCCUCCCGCGCUGCUCGGGGGGGAGCGCUACGAGCAGCCCCCGGCCCCGGCCCCGCCCGCCGGGCAGCCCGCGGGCGCUGGGGAGCACGAGUGCUGCGAGCGGGUGGUGAUCAACAUCUCGGGGCUGCGCUUUGAGACCCAGCUGAAGACGCUGGCUCAGUUCCCUGAGACGCUGCUGGGGGACCCGCGGAAGAGGAUGCGCUACUUCGACCCCCUGCGCAACGAGUAUUUCUUCGACCGCAACCGCCCCAGCUUUGAUGCCAUCCUCUACUACUACCAGUCGGGCGGGCGCAUCCGGCGGCCCGUCAACGUCCCCAUCGACAUCUUCUCCGAGGAGAUCCGCUUCUACCAGCUCGGGGAGGAGGCCAUGGAGAAGUUCCGGGAGGACGAGGGUUUCAUUCGGGAGGAGCAGCGGCCGCUUCCCGACAAGGAGUUUCAGCGCCAAGUGUGGCUCCUCUUCGAGUACCCUGAGAGCUCUGGGCCGGCCCGAGGCAUUGCCAUCGUCUCUGUCCUGGUCAUCCUUAUCUCUAUUGUCAUCUUCUGUCUGGAGACCCUGCCUGAAUUCAGGGAUGACCACGACUAUGAGGGAACUGGGGGGACCUUUGGGACGGGCGGUGGCCCACUCCCACCUGAAGUCUUCACCAACUCCUCGUCCUCGGCUGCUUCCAUGGUGUCGUCCUUCACUGACCCUUUCUUUGUGGUGGAGACUUUGUGCAUCAUCUGGUUCUCCUUCGAGCUGCUGGUCCGUUUCUUUGCCUGCCCCAGCAAGGCCACCUUCUCCAAGAACAUCAUGAACAUCAUUGACAUUGUGGCCAUCAUUCCCUACUUCAUCACUCUGGGCACUGAGCUGGCCGAGAGGCAAGGCAAUGGCCAGCAAGCCAUGUCCUUGGCCAUCCUCCGAGUCAUCCGCUUGGUGCGGGUCUUCCGCAUCUUCAAGCUCUCCCGGCACUCCAAGGGGCUGCAGAUCCUGGGGCAGACCCUCAAGGCCAGCAUGCGGGAGCUGGGCCUGUUGAUAUUUUUCCUCUUCAUCGGCGUCAUCCUCUUCUCCAGCGCCGUUUACUUCGCCGAGGCCGAUGACCCCAGCUCGGGUUUCAGCAGCAUCCCCGAUGCCUUCUGGUGGGCCGUGGUGACCAUGACCACGGUGGGCUACGGGGACAUGCACCCCAUCACUAUUGGGGGCAAGAUCGUGGGCUCUCUCUGUGCCAUCGCGGGGGUGCUGACCAUCGCCCUCCCCGUGCCUGUGAUAGUCUCCAACUUCAAUUAUUUCUACCACCGGGAGACAGAAGGUGAGGAACAAGCCCAGUACAUGCACGUUGGGAGCUGCCAGCACCUCUCGUCCAGCGAGGAGAUGAAGAAGGCUCGCAGCAAUUCCACCCUCAGCAAGUCCGAAUACAUGGUCAUCGAGGAAGGGGGGAUCAACCACAGUGCAUUCAAACAGGCUGCCUUCAAAGCAGGCAACUGCACAACCACAAACAAUCCCAACUGUGUGAACAUCAAAAAGAUCUUCACGGAUGUUUAAAAAAGAAAUCCCAAACCAAACAAACAGCAACAAAAACCUGAGGAUGCGGUAAAAUGCUACCAAUAAUAAUAAUAAUAACAAUAAUAAUGCAAAGUGACUGUGUGUCGGUGUUGUGUGGAACAUGCACCAUCGUCGGUCUGUGUGUGCCCUCCUUUUGAUAUGGGUUUUUUUUUAGAUCCUUCCUUUCUAAAGAUCCAAAAAUAAAAGGAUUUAAAAUUCUCCAAAGAAGAGGACGGCUAAAGGGUAACAAGACAAGGAAGAUGAAGACAAACCACACUCACUGUCGAAACAGAUGUUCUGCAACGUGUUGCAGGGCAGCUUUGCUUUGUGGGGUUUUGGGGAUCCUCUGGCUUUGCUCCUGAAUUUCCUCCCCCUUUCCCUGAAGGCAGCGUGGAGCCGAUUUCCCUGCCGUCACAUAAGCUCAGUUGUUGGAUUAACAACCCCGGGCUGGGUGGGGGAAUGAGGAAAACAUGUAGCCGAGAGCACUGGGAGGGGGUUGGGAGGAAACAACCGUUUAAUUUUGCAGAGAGUCUCUGUUACCACGUCGUUAAACAAUGCUUUAUAUUGAAUCCUGUGAUGAGCCAUUACGGGCACAUCACAGAUUCCAUUUUUUUUUUCCCAUUAGACUGUUGAUGAAAUUCUAAUCUGGUCAGAGACGGAGUGCAAUCAAUGCUGAUUUAAAUAGAAAAACCCCCCAACCCAGAGCUCUUGUUUUUCGUUCUUAGUUCCCUUCCCGUGUAACUGAUGGAAUUAUUCCAUCCAGCUUGAUCUGUGCAGAGGGGCUGCGUGUGGGGAGGAGGGAAGGGAAAGGCACAAUGCAGUGGUUUCGGGAGCCGAGAGAGAUGCCAGUGAGGACCAGGGGAUGCCGGAUCAUCUCUGGGCAGCCUCCAAACCCACCCAGCCAGAGACAAAGGGACGUUUCCUCCUUUUUUUGCAAUGCUUUUGGGAGAGAUGCAGCCUCUUAUCGCAAGAAGAUUAGAGCGGUGAGCACGCCUUCCAGCGGAAGUCACUGAUUCCAACCAGGAGUGAUGCAGUUGCCAUGGCGACCCUGGUUUCCUGGGAAACCCCAAAAGGUUGUCAUGGCAUCCCUGCUCCCAUCCCCCUUGGUCCUCGCUCUUCCUGCAAAAAACCUUUUUCCAGAUGGUUCCAGCCCUGCCAUCCCGCAGGACAUCGUGGCUUCACACCCCCCUCCUGGGCCACGGCCCCUGUGCCCAAUGAGGCCCCCCCAGGCAAUAAACACCUCCAAACCCACCUGUCCCCUGCUGAGGAGCAAUUUUGGCAGGGAAAUCUGGGGAUGGAGGUUCAUCCUGCUCCACCAAGAAUGACUCCAAACCCAGUGGGAAACGGUCCUGAGCGGGAAGCUCGGCUGGGAAACCUCAGCAGCUCUGGGAGACAAGGGGGACAGGAGAGAGCAGGACUGAAAAAUAACCAAAAACCCCACCAGGGAAAACUCACCACCUUCAUCUUCACGUGUGCACCAGGGGCCACGGGACAUCUGAAGGGAUCAGAUAACAGAAGAUGUUUCAAAAUUACGACCUCCAGGACUGUGCUGAGAAAUAAAACAGCCCCAAGGAAAAGUCAAACAUCCUGGACAUGGUGACCAACGCUGCUGUGGACCAGACUGUCCUCCCCAGUUAAACCCAGUUCAUAGUCCAUAAAUACAUGAAUACCUAUGGAGUAUUUGCCAUCUUAUCCGUGUUUUCUAACAAGUGCUUCAUGUGGAAGGAAACAUCUCUGCAGCCAGAAGAUUGUCUCCAACUCAUGUGCAAUAUAACCAGGCUGAGCAAAACCAGGGAAAAGGAGGAGGGGAGGUGGAAAUUUGGACAUCAUUAUUUCAGUCUGGUUUUAUUAUUAUUUUUUUUAAAAAUCACUUGAAAGUUUAAGCAAACAGAAGGGAAAGAUUAAGCAGAGCUGCUAAAGCUCAGUCGAAGUGUUUUGCUCGGAGUGGGAGGGAGAGAGGGAAUCCAGUUGCUCUCACUGUUCCCUGCUGAAGGCCACGGGCUGCUCUCAGCUAUUCCUGAAUAAUUUCUGUUCCAUUUUUCUCCCUUUCCUGUAAAUGCCCUUUAUAAGUAGUUCUGUGCUGUACCAAAAGCUGUGAUUCACUUUAAGUCCUUCUUAAGAAAGUAACAUCUCCAGCAAUGCUGAGGAAAAUGAUGUUGAACAGUCAACAAGUUGUGCCUUGCUUUCAGGAUCACUCCAUGGAAAACUAAGGAAAAAUCGAAUUUCCAGAGGUGGAAAAGGUAUAAAAAGAUGAAUCCUGGCUGAUCAUGCUCAUGCUUUGUUUCAUGAGAGCCUGGGUGCCCUUUUCUGCUCUUCCACAGGGAAUAUUACAGUAUUCCCUCACUUGGGAAGUCCAUUCCUCCUUUGCCCAUUGCUGUUUCGUUUUGCACGCUGAGGUUUUGGGUGGCAGGUUUAGAGCUGUGGGUUGCCUGUGCUGGGCUGGGAAGCUGCUAGACCUGGGGUUUCUCUGACCUCACUGCAUUUCUUAGAACUGCAGGGAUCAAUGUUAUCCUGGUGCAGCAGGAUAAGUGGUCUGCAAAGGGAUAAAUCAGCUGCAAAGGGAUAAAUGGAAACAGUUGAUGUCCCUCCUGCUUCUGGCUCCCCCCCUCUCCCUCUCCAGCUUUAUCCCACCUCCUGAUGCUGCCUCUUCCAUCUUGGAGACUCAAAUCUGCCCAGCACAUACUCAGUCAGAGAAGCAAGGAAAUACUUGCAAGAGUGUUGGAUUUAAGGGUGAGAAUAAUGUUGGUGGGACUCAGAUGAGCACAGGAACCUCUGUGUCUGCAGUGCUGUAACUCCCUGGAAAUGGUUUGGGAAAUGUUAGUUUGGACUGGAUGGAACCAAGGGAGUUGGAGCUUCCUCUGAAGAAGGGAAUGCUCAGGGGGAGGUAACAGGAGACAGAACUAUGUCUGUGGAGCAGACUCUGGAGUUCAGGCUGAUGUGUCCAAGGACAAGCCGUGAGGUUUCUACCAGGCACCUGGAAGGUUCAACAAGGACCACUCUGCCUGGAGGCAGCACCAAAACCUGAAUCCUGCCCCCAGCAGAGCUCUUUACCUGCAUUUCACACCAAAUUCCAGGCAGGGGAUGAGGAACAUCCACAGGAGGCACCUGUGACAUGCUUUGAGGCACAACCUGAGUGGGGAUGCACUUAAAAACAAACACCCUAACUGGAAGAAAGGCUCUGAAAUGGGAAAACUUUGGAAUAUUCAUGGCAAAGCAAACCUACUGUCUUCCUCACGUGUCUCUCCUUGCAGAAGAGCUUUGAAGACAGACAGGAUCCAAGCAGGUUCAGGCUGGGAUUGCUCUGGACUUGCAGAAGAAGUCACCUUCCUUUUUGGCUGGCUGAGCCCCACAUGCAAACUCCAGUUGAAAUUCAGGUUGAGAAAUUCUCCUAAGGUUGAGAAAUGAUGUAGUUCUUAAAAGGAAUGCAUCAACUUUGGUGAAGCUGCAUUUAUUUUGUUUGUUUUUCUAAUCACAGAUAAUUCCUUGGCUUGAAUUCCUGCUCCUGUCAUGGCAUCAUUGGUGGUGGAGACCUUGCUCAUGGGAGAAGGGCUGGGGGGCCCAAAACCAGGAGUCUCUGGGGGCUACGUGUGGGUGCAGGGUGAGCAGAAUGGGCUGAAAUGGCAAGAAAAGAAAGAAAAAGUGAUAAACCCAGCAGUUUUAGUCAGUGUAAUGAGCUGGGGAAUGAAGAGCAGAUAUAGGUCUGGCUCUCAGUGGGACAUUGCUCCUCUUAACUCUUCCCAGUGUGGUACAAACCUUGUGGCCCUGGGGCUGAAGGAAUGAGAGAGGGCUGGUGCUGCUGGCACUGGGAUUUAUUGGGGGGGGGUUGGGGAGCAGGAACGCUGUAGGAGCCCAUGGAGCAGGUCCCUGAGCUGGGCUGGGGAGCAGGAACGCUGUAGGAGCCCAUGGAGCAGGUCCCUGAGCUGGGCUGGGGAGCAGGAACAGUCUAGGAGCCCAUGGAGCAGGUCCCUGAGGUGGGUUGGGGAGCAGGAACGCUGGAGGAGCCCAUGGAGCAGGUCCCUGAGCUGGGCUGGGGAGCAGGAACAGUCUAGGAGCCCAUGGACCAGGUCCUUGAGCUGGGUUGGGGAGCAGGAAUGCUGUAGGAGCCCAUGGAGCAGGUCCCUGAGGUGGGUUGGGGAGCAGGAAUGCUGUAGGAGCCCAUGGAGCAGGUCCUUGAGCUGGGUUGGGGAGCAGGAAUGCUGUAGGAGCCCAUGGAGCAGGUCCCUGAGGUGGGUUGGGGAGCAGGAAUGCUGUAGGAGCCCAUGGAGCAGGUCCUUGAGCUGGGUUGGGGAGCAGGAAUGCUGUAGGAGCCCAUGGAGCAGGUCCCUGAGCUGGGUUGGGGAGCAGGAAUGCUGUAGGAGCCCAUGGAGCAGGUCCUUGAGCUGGGUUGGGGAGCAGGAACGCUGGAGGAGCCCAUGGAGCAGGUCCCUGAGGUGGGUUGGGGAGCAGGAAUGCUGUAGGAGCCCAUGGAGCAGGUCCCUGAGCUGGGUUGGGGAGCAGGAAUGCUGGAGGAGCCCAUGGAGCAGGUCCCUGAGCUGGGCUGGGGAGCAGGAAUGCUGUAGGAGCCCAUGGAGCAGGUCCCUGAGCUGGGCUGGGGAGCCUGAACGCUGUAGGAGCCCAUGGAGCAGGUCCUUGAGCCCACGGAGAUGAGCUGAGGGUGACAGGGUUGGACAGGGAUGCCAGAGAAUCCCAGAGGUGAAACAAGCCCCGGUGGGAAAUGAAUCUGCCUGCACAAAUUAGAGCUGAUUAGAGCAGGGGCUCUCACUAACUCCAGUCUGGCCCUGCCCUGAGGGGUGAUGGGGAGAGGGAGCUUCUCCAUGGGAUCCUCCAGCAAAUUUCCAUGCUGGCAAUUCCCCAUGGAUCUGGAAGGGUCUGCGAGUGGAUUGCAAAGCUUUCCAAACCUCCCUCCCAAGGAUCCCUCCCUGUCCCUGCAGAGAAAACCUGUCCACCCAGCUUCCUGCAUCCCUCCAGCACCAAAAUUAAUUAAUGCUCAGACCAUAAAAACUCUGAGACCUAAAAAAACCCCUUAAAGAAAGAGCAGGAAAAGUGCCCAAUGUUUGGAGGGUGAGGGCUGAGCCUGUUUCCAUCAGGGAACCCCAAAUAACCACAGAUCUCUCUCCCCAGUUGCCACAGACGGAGCUGCUGGCAGCUGGGGCAGGUGGGAGCUGGGUGUUUCUGGGCCAUGUCACCUCCAAAACUCCUAAGGAGCUGCAAAACAUGUUUGUUUGCAGCCUCCCUGCAGCGUGAUGGGUUUGUAGUGAGAUCUUGACCUGCAAAGGAGACUGAACAGAAGCUUCUGCAACUCUCAAAUCAUGAGAGACUGGUCCAAAAACCACUUUUCUACCACGCUGAUGGGUUUGGGCUGCAAACAGCCAAAGCCCCCAUAAAGGGGGCUUUGCCCACAGAGAUAAUGACAUAUUAACAGGGGGAGAUUGAUUUUCUGGAUUGCAACACAGACCUGGAUCUUGGGAAGCCCUGGUCCCAAAGGUGUUAUAUUUAGUUUCUUUUGGAACAUGAUCUAGUAGCCCUUAAAAUGGGGGAUAGAAUGUAUCGGUACUAAAGUUAUUUUUAUUUUUGAGCUUUUUUAUGGGGGGGGGUGUGUGUCUGUAACAUGAUUAUACCUCGUCUGUUUUCAACAGCCACUUGUUUAAGUGUCUCUGUUAUGGCUCAAAAACGUAUUUUGACGAUUGAAGGUGUGGGAAAAACCAGAUCCCUUCACACAGUUGGGUUGGUGCGUCCCAACCACCUCACAGACAUCUUACACCAGUGACAAUCCUGCCAAAUUCCAGCCUUUCCUCCCUGUUGUACAUACGGGUGUUGACGUCGCUCCAUCCCGUCGGGUUCCUUUUGCUUGAGCCAGCUGGUUGUUGAUGUGCUUUUUUCACAAUUACUGAGAGUUUGAUAGCCUUUAACUGUCAGUCCAGUGUAUUAAUGUGUGCUGCCACCACUCUGACUCCAGCCUCGUGCAUCCAAAGAUAACCAUCGUAGCGGGGCAGCCGCGUGGAAAUGUCGCUGGGAGCGGAGGGCUGGGUUUGGCAGGGGAAGGCAAAUUAAAAAUGUAUCCAGCCGAUUAAAAAAAACCAAAAAAAGGAGCGAUUUAAUGAUGGCUGACAUCAGGAGAAGAUCCAAAAAAUAGCGUGCUUUGAUUCCCAUAAUCAUCCGAAGGCAGGCAGCUCAUCUUUAUUCAUAGUCCUUCAAAGCCCUGCUCCCAGACGCUGCGAGAGCAUCUCGGAGCUGUCGUGCCUUGGACGUGCUCUUUAGACUCUGAACAGGCAGAUAUUUCUCCUCUGUGCCCAGCACAGCGAAAGGCUGAGCACCAACCCUCUCCCCAUUUAAUUUUAGAGCUCUGCUGUUGGCUCCAUCCUGCUGGAGAGGCAGGAAAAGCUGAUCUGGGGAGCGGGGCUGGUGUAGGGUCAUGAAAAGCAGCUUGUUUUUAAUGCCUUGUUUUAAGCUGUUUUAAGAAGGCAGCAAAAUUAGAAAGGGAAAGAUCUGAGUGUUUAAGGGCACUAAGGAAGGCUCUGGGGACACAGCACAGGGAUGGGGCUUAGAGGAGUGGCUGGAACAGGCUGUCGGAGGCAACGAGGAAAUAACUGUGGGGCUGCUUUGCCCUGAUGGAUCUGGGGGGAAAAGUCAGGAUUUGGUGAGGCCCUGGCACAGGUUGCACCGAAAAGCUGUGGCUGCCCCAUCCCUGGAAGUGUUCAAGGCCAAGCUGGAUGGAUCUUGAAGCAACCUGGUCUAAUGGAAAAUGUCCCUGCCCAUGGCAGAGGGUAGAACAAGGUGGGAUUUAAGGCCCCUUCCAACACAAAACUGGUCUGGGAUUCUAUUAAGUUAUGAUUCCAUGGUUCCUGCAGUCCCAUCCCAGACUCUAACCUCUUUCCACAGGUGCUGACAACCCCCCCCCCCCCCCAGGACUCAGAAAACAGCCCUAGACCACACUGGAAGUUUCAUUCCCACACACACUUGGGUGUUUUCUGAGACAGGUGUUCAAAUGCUACCAUUGCUACUGAAUCCUUUUAAAAUUAAGGGAUUUCUGAGAUACAGUGCUCCUCACUCUCCUGCUUUUCCUUUCAUUGCUCAGAGUCAGCUGGAAGGCACAGAGUCAUCCCUCAACACGAGGUUAAAGUCCUGUAGCAGCCCUGGUUGAAUUAAAUUACACAUUUCUAAUCCCAGUAUUUUCAUCCACCAGCCUCUGAUACAGGUAUAUUUAUGUUUCUUUUUCCCAUUUUUUCUGCUUUCUCCAAGAUUACAUCAUCAGGUUUCAAAGGGAAUGGCCUGAGAUGCCUCUGACCCUGCCUGGUGUUGUCCAUAACACAUCAGCUCUGACCAUUGCCAGGCCAGGCACUGAUGCUGGUUUUAAGUCCAUUUAAGUCCAUCCUGUUCCAGAGGAUGAUUUUGGAGCAGGACAAUUUACCUGGCAAUGCUCAAGUCAUUGAUAGAGCUGGAAUUGUGAGUCAAGUGGUAUUAAGGGGAAAUGGAGUCAGGAGGGGCCUGAGAUACAAUAUGGUUUUGAUACCAGACAAUGUGUUUGCUGCCACGUUCCUUAGGCUGCUGUUGAUGUGCUGGAAUUGGACUUUGUUGGCCAAAUUGCUCAGGUUUUGCAGGAAAAUCCCCCUCUCUGCUGAGAGUCAGGUCUUCUCAUGUUGGAAUUUAGAAUUUUUCAAGAGAACAGGCUCUUAAUUCAUCACCUGAGACCCCAAAACGUGGCAAAAGGUCACAUCGACCUCCAGCACAGCAGCAGCUCGUGUUUCUUAAUUUCCCAUCCUAUUUUCAUGGGAUCUUCCUGGGAUGGAGAUGGCUGGAUAUAAUUUUGACUUUGCUUUCCCUCCUUCACAUGUGCAACUGGGUAAUGCUGAGAUGCUUUUCCAUGCCUGUCUCAACUGGACAUACACUGGGUGUAUUAACAGUGAAAUAUUGUGAAAUUCAGUGUAUGGGACUGAAAAACGAAACUCUUCACUAAAUCCUGACUCAUCUGGUGCCACAGGAACAAUGCAAUUUGGGACUGGAGGUGUUAAACACAGUCUUGUUACUCUGAGUUAAUUUUAAACUCUGGUUUUGCCAGUGAGCUGUGUUCCAAUAGUUUAAAACUCGGGUUUUUUUGACACCAGUCUGAUGCUAAACCAAGCUGCUGCCUCCCGUUGUCCUGGUGACUCCACCGUGGUGUGGGCCUUGUGUUCAGUUACCAGUAAAAAAAAGUGAUUUUUUUUUUUUUUUUUGGUCGUGUGGAUUUUUUUACCUGAUGUUGAAUUUAUUUUUUUAAUUUUUUUUUUUUUCUCAUUAGAACUUGAAACUGUUAUUUCAUACACAAACUUCAAUAAAACGGCUGAAACACA